AUGUAUUGCAAACCAUCAGCACCCUCACGCCGCUGUCUACGCCCCCUAUCGCCGCCGCCAACCACGAAAACAACAGAAACAGCCUCCUCACACCAACUGUACCCACGUCCGAUGCGCCCGCUCCCGCCCGGCGUAGCCUCUUCCGUCGCCACCGCGCCACACGUCCCCGCAAACGAGCUCGCCACUCUCUCCCUCUCCGACGCCCCCUCAUCCCCACUGCCCCAAUCCGUUCCGCCCCGGGGAUGCACGCCGCCGCAAUAUCGGACGCACGCCACCUCCGGCUUCCAAAACUCUCUGGCCUGGCCGUCGCUCUCUGUCUUGCCGCGACCGAUCCCCCGCCAAAGCCCCCAGUCGAGCCUGCCGCUGAAUUUGCACCGCCCUAUCCCGCUCCGAGCGCCGCGAGCGCGAGCGCAUGCUGCGCGAGCACAUUCUCAAAUUCCAUGCAUCCCGCCCUUGCCGCCCACACCUUCCGAAGUGUCCAGCUUCGACGGUUGGCGCCAUGACGACGACGCGUACUGGCCGGACUUCCGCGGAAGAGAGGUCACGUUUCGCACCAAGUCGUGCCACAAACAGGAAGACCUCGAGCCCCCGACGCAGCCGCUGGAUGGCCACGGGAAGGCCGUGACGUGUGCGGCCGCUGUGCAGGAUGACCAUGACAGGGAAAUGUGGGUGCCGACGUCCGAGGAAGAGGAAAUGAGGUUGAGAAGCCCCACUCCUGAGAGUGAUCCUUCUUUUUGUAAGGGAGGCGUAAGGGAGGCGGUCGAGGGGGAGAUGCAUACCACGCUUGUACCGACGGAAACGCAGGUGGAUGCGGGGGAGGAGAAGGAUGUGAACAAAUAA